ACAGGGAACAGAGGAAGAGUGAAGGAGGGGUUACUAUCACAUAUACCGAUGAACUCUGCAGUGUCAAGAGUUUUGGUGAAAGAUGUGGAGCUAUUUCAAGCCUUUGUUGUGUUUUCUGAUGAUUCCCCUCACCUCCAGUGCAACAGCUACAGUGAGAAGAGUCUCAGUGCCUGAGGAUCAUCGUCUGUACCUGGCCUGCAGUGGCACUGUUGACUUACAGUGGCGACACCACGUCAACGGGAUCAUAGUCACUAAACAAGGCCAGUCGGUUGCUUACCGGAACCACCAGAAAUAUCACCUCCAGCCUGAUGGAUCUCUGGUUAUAGAAGAGCUGGAGCCAUCUGACUCUGGGGACUACUACUGCAACGACCAGCUAGUGGCAGACGUGGAGGUACUGAAAGGCCAAAAGUUUGCUGUUUCUGCUGGCCGAGCCCUAUUGCUGCCCUGUACAGUAUCUAGCAAAGCCAAGCAGAGGUGGUUCUUCAGGAAAGAUAGUCAUGCGAAACGAGAACCCAUCUCGACUCUGUUCAGAAAUGGGACCGUAAAAAUGGAGAGAAAGGACACCCAGAAAAGGUUUUCCUAUGAUGAAGAUAGUGCCCUGCAGAUCCUCAAUCUGCAGCCAGGGGACUCUGGAGAGUACCUGUGUAAUGGGGAAAUGGCAGCCAAAGUAAUGGUGUUAACAGAUCACCUCAACAUCCAGAGUACCACUGCUGUUAUGCAAACAGAUGUUGUUUGGAGAGAGAACAGAGAGACACGCCCUACAAAUGUUGUGAUGAUGAUAGCUGUCAUUGGACUAUGCAUCGUGGUGCUUCUGGCUGGUCUGCUGGGCUUUUUGCUGAUAGGAAGACUGAGCAAAAGAAGAAAGAAAUGCAGUACAGAACACAAGCAGGAAGGAACUGAACUCCAGACUAGGUGCUUGUCAAAUCUAGAGUCUGAGAUCACACAUAGUGAUGGGGAAGAAAGCCCUUCUCAUGUGGAAGACACUGAGGUUCAGUAUGCAUCUCUGGGUCGGCAGAACUGGAGGGAAAGAUCGAGGGUACUGGGAGACCAGCAUCACGUCAUCUAUUCCGCUGUGGUCACUGCUAGACCAGCAUCCCAGGGUUUGGAGAGAAUAAAACAUUGAUUUGACUGAUGACCUUUACCAGACAGUUCGUAUUUUACCUCUUUGUAUUACAGUACGAGUACAUUUUACACAGGUUGCUCUUUAAUCCUAAAAUAAAUGUAUUUUCAUCUUUCAAGA